UUUGGUCAGAAGUCAUUUCAGAUGUAAACUCGUAUCGUUAACAGACGUGUUGGAGGUGGAUAAUCUACACCAGGAAAUAGUACGCACAGGGGUCAUUUAGACUAAACAACUUUGUUUCUUCAUCUUGUAAAAGUGAAAGUAAAAACUAACCAGACGAGUUAAUAUUUUCACAAGAUAAAAUGGCUUCAAAGCUUGAAGAGGAGCUUUGCUGUCCUGUGUGCUGUGACAUCUUCAAGGAUCCCGUUUUCCUGUCCUGCAGUCACAGCAUCUGUAAAGCCUGUCUGCAGCAGUGCUGGGAGAGCAAAGGACACAGAGAAUGUCCUGUCUGCAGGAGGAAGUGCUCAAAAGCACACUAUCCUCCUAACAUGGCGUUAAGGAACCUGUGUGAGGUUUACUUACAGGAGAGAAGUCAGAGAGCUUCAGCAGGGUCUGAGGUGCUCUGCAGUCUGCACAGUGAGAAACUCAAGCUCUUCUGUCUGGAGGAUAAACAGCCUGUGUGUCUGGUGUGCCAAUCUUCAAAGAAACACACCAACCACAAGUUCCAUCCCAUAGAUGAGGCAGCAUCAGACUUGAAGGAGCACCUGAGGAUUAAACUAGAGCCCUUACAGAAGAAGCUGAAGGUCUUUAAAGAAGCAAAACUCUCCUGUGAUGAAACAGCGAAACAUGUUAAGACUCAGGCCCAGCACACAGAGAAGCAGAUCAAGCAGGAGUUUGAGAAGCUUCACCAGUUUCUACGAGAUGAAGAGGCAGCCAGGAUAGCUGCACUUAGGGAGGAAGAGGAGCAGAAGAGUCAGAUGAUGAAGGAGAAGAUUGAGAAGAUGAGCACAGAGAUCUCAUCUCUUUCAGACACAAUCAGAGCCAUAGAAGAUGAGAGGAGAGCUGAUGACAUCACAUUCCUGCAGAACUACAAGAGCACAGUGGAAAGAGCCCCGUGCACACUGCAGGAUCCAGAGAGGGUUUCAGGAGCUCUGGUCAACAUGGCAAAGCACCUGGACAACCUGAAGGUCCAGAUCUGGAAGAAAAUGAUGGCUCCUGUGACUCUGGAUCCCAACACAGCACACCCAGAACUUGUCCUGUCUGAGGAUCUGACGAGUGUGAGAUAUGUUAAAGAUAACCCACAGAGAUUUGAUGAGCAUGCCUGUGUCCUGGGCUCUGAGGGCUUUAACUCAGGGACUCACUGCUGGGAUGUGGAGGUUGGGCAGAAUCUAUGGUGGGCUGUGGGUGUGAUGACAGAGUCUCUCCAGAGGAAGGGAGACUUUAGAUCCAAGGGUGGACGUUGGAUUGUGUUUUAUCAAAGUAGUGAAUAUGAAGCAUUUCAUGGAUCUCAGUCCUCCACUCUCAGCAUAGUGAAGCAACCUCAGAGGAUCAGAGUGCAGCUGGACUGGGACAGAGGAGAGCUGUCAUUCUCUGACCCUGACAAUAACACACACCUACACACUUUCACACACACUUUCACUGAGAGAGUGUUUCCAUAUUUUUUUCCUGGCACCUCCACACUGAGGAUCUUACCAGUGAGUCCUCAGUAGCAGCAGAGCAGCACUGAUGGAGCUGAUGGUGUCUCUGACAGUAGGUGUGAUGAUGAGGGGGGAAGUCAGAUAGGACGGGAGAUCAGGAGGUUGUUCAUUAAUAUUGUGUAUGUGUGUCAUGUUGAACGGUGUGGAAUGAGUGGUCCUUUGUUAGACAACAGUGAACAAGGUUUAAGUAUAAUAGUGUAUACACUAGAUUUACUAAUGUUCCACAGAUGAUCCUCAUUGGUAAAAUCUUAGGGGAAAGUCUCAGUCAAUUUGUUUAAUUUAACUGAUUUAUGUAACAGUUCAGUACAGUCAGUCCGGGUACUUCAGUGCAUUUCAUCAAACUGUGUCUUCUAUCUUAUCUUGGGCUUCUGUCUGUGUCUUCUAUCGUAGUUUGGUCACCCAUGUGUGUCCAGUGCUGAGAGUCCUGCUGCUCUAGAUCAUCUGUAGUUUGUCCCUCAGGUUUGAACAAGGACAACACAGACCCAUUAGCUGUGGAGACUGGGCUUCAGCCCAACACCUUCCAUGACCAACACUCCCACAAACACAUGCAGCAAUCUCAGACAUGCACUGUGUGAUUAAUGUGAUGUGAAAAGUGGGAUAUUCUUGGAUAAAUGUACAAUGAAUAAAUAAUUCAUACAGGGAA